AUGUCUUCAUUUCGGAGUCUAUGGAUUCGAUGGAAGAUGCUCAGACUCCCUUGGAGAAAGAGGUUCUUAAUUGGCACAGACCUCUCCGGUAAUACCUUCUGGGAGUUCAAAGAUGCCCUCAACCACAAUCGUUGGCGUCGAAUAGUCAAGACGAGCCGCAAGACUCACUAUUCUGAUGUCCAAAUCUCUCCUCAGUGGCACCAAUGGCUACGUGCUACUCGCGCUGAUCCUCCCUCAUUGCAAGAACAGACUGCCGACCUUGAAAGAUUGGCUCAGAUGAAGACAAACGCCCGUCUCGCGGACGAAAGAUGGGCCGCAAAAGCAAAAUAUAUCGAACCCUCGAAGCCAUCUAGAACGCCGCAGCUGAGUGAUGGCCCUCGGCCAAACGCCGCAAGCUCCCACACACCCGUAGACAAGAAGUCCCAGACUACUACCGAUUCGGAGAGCUCAGGGAAGCCUUCUCCCGAGACAGGAUCAAAUCCUGGUCAGAACUGGAAACCUGAGGCCUGGGUUCCUACUUCCUCAAAGAGGUGA